AUCCAGGCCCUCCAGCAUGCCUAUGAUGAUCUGUGUCAAGCCGAAGGAGUCACGGCCCUACCAUACUUCUUAAUCAAGUACGAUGACAACACCGUGCUGGUCUCCUUGCUCAAACACUACAGUGAUUUCUUCCAAGGUCAAAGGACAAAGAUAACAGUUGGUGUGUACGAUCCCUGUAACCUAGCCCAGUAUCCUGGAUGGCCUUUGAGGAAUUUUUUGGUCCUGGCAGCCCACAGAUGGAGCGGCAGUUUCCAGUCUGUUGAAGUCCUCUGCUUUCGAGACCGCACCAUGCAGGGGACGAGAGAUGUGGCCCACAGCAUCAUCUUCGAGGUGAAACUUCCAGAAAUGGCAUUUAGCCCAGAUUGUCCUAAAGCUGUUGGCUGGGAGAAGAACCAGAAAGGAGGCAUGGGACCAAGGAUGGUGAACCUCAGCGGAUGCAUGGACCCCAAAAGGCUGGCUGAGUCAUCCGUGGAUCUGAAUCUCAAGCUGAUGUGUUGGCGAUUGGUCCCUACCUUGGACUUGGACAAGGUUGUGUCUGUCAAGUGCCUGCUGCUGGGAGCUGGCACCCUGGGAUGUAAUGUGGCUAGGACACUGAUGGGCUGGGGCGUCAGACAUGUCACAUUUGUGGAUAAUGCCAAGAUCUCCUACUCCAACCCUGUGAGACAACCUCUGUAUGAAUUUGAAGAUUGUCUGGCUGGUGGCAAGCCCAAAGCCCUGGCUGCAGCAGAACGGCUCCAGAAAAUAUUUCCCGGAGUGAAUGCCAGCGGGUUCAACAUGAGCAUCCCGAUGCCAGGACAUCCUGUGAAUUUCUCUGAUGUCACGCUGGAGCAGGCACGCAGAGAUGUGGAGCAGCUGGAACAGCUCAUUGAGAGCCAUGAUGUCAUCUUCCUGUUAAUGGACACCAGAGAGAGCCGGUGGCUUCCUGCUGUCAUUGCGGCCAGCAAGCGGAAGCUGGUCAUCAAUGCUGCCCUGGGGUUUGACACCUUUGUUGUCAUGAGACACGGCCUGAAGAAACCCAAGCAGCAGGGCGCUGGGGACCUGUGCCCAAGCCACCUUAUGGCACCUGCUGACCUGGGCUCCUCCCUUUUUGCUAACAUCCCUGGAUACAAGCUUGGCUGUUAUUUCUGCAAUGACGUGGUGGCUCCAGGAGAUUCAACCAGAGACCGGACGCUGGACCAGCAGUGCACAGUGAGCCGCCCAGGCCUGGCAGUGAUUGCAGGUGCCCUGGCUGUGGAGCUGAUGGUUUCUGUCCUGCAGCAUCCUGAGGGGGGUUAUGCCAUUGCCAGCAGCAGUGAUGACCGCAUGAAUGAACCUCCCACCUCUCUGGGACUUGUGCCUCACCAGAUCCGGGGAUUUCUGUCACGGUUCGAUAAUGUCCUUCCUGUCAGCCUGGCGUUUGACAAAUGUACAGCCUGUUCACCCAAAGUUCUUGAUCAAUACGAGCAGGAAGGAUUUACCUUCCUAGCGAAGGUGUUUAACUCCUCACAUUCCUUCUUAGAAGACUUGACUGGUCUUACACUGCUCCAUCAAGAGACCCAAGCUGCAGAGGUUUUCUCUUUUGGGAGUAGACACCACCCUCACUGUGAUGUAUGUACACUGUUUACCUGGGAUCAUCAUAGAAAAUAUGUCUUCAACUUCAUCAGAUCAUGACAGACUGCCUUCUAGCAACAUUUGGGCCAGUUUAAGCUUCUGUACUUCCUUGUCCUUGCCAAAUUCUUGACACAUCGUAUUUUGAAAUUGUCCCCAAUCUGUUACAUGUGCAACAUUAUCUCAUUAGGCUUUUGAUUUCCACUGUCCUGAUUACCAGUGAGGUUAGCAACUCUCAUUUGUGAUUCUUUGGAUUCCUCUUUCCAAUGGCUUGUCUCUCUAUUUCAACUCUGAAGUUUCUGGCAUGUUCUACUGUGUUAAGAAAGCACAGUACAAUGACCUAGUUAUUCACUUGAAAAAGAUGAUAGAGACUGCUGAUGGUGUUCUAAUCCCAGAUGAGCCGUGAUCCUUGGUCAGAGUCCCAACUCUCCUCCAGCCGCAUGCCCAUCGGAAUUGUCUAGAAUGUGCUCUGAAAGCUGGCAGUGCUCAGAAUACACCUGCACCAGCCUGCUUCAAAGAUCAGAUGAGUCGUCUCCCUCAGAGUCCUAUG